GCCUUUUGUGGCAGAUGAAUACAUUGAACGCCUGGCAUGGAGAACACCUGGAGGAGGUUCCAGAGGUGGAGAAGCUUUUGAUCCAAAAAGAUUAUUGGAAGAAUUUGUAAAUCAUAUCCAAGAGUUACAGGUAAUGGAUGAAAGGAUUCAGAGAAAGGUGGAGAAACUAGAACAGCAAUGCCAGAAGGAAGCAAAGGAAUUUGCCAAGAAAGUACAAGAGCUGCAGAAAAGCAACCAGGUUGCCUUCCAACAUUUCCAGGAGCUAGAUGAGCACAUCAGCUAUGUAGCAACUAAGGUCUGUCACCUUGGCGACCAACUGGAGGGGGUAAACACGCCACGGCAACGGGCUGUGGAGGCUCAGAAGCUGAUGAAAUACUUUAAUGAGUUUCUGGAUGGAGAGCUGAAGUCUGAUGUUUUUACAAACUCUGAAAAGAUUAAAGAGGCAGCCGAUAUUAUUCAGAAACUGCAUUUGAUUGCACAGGAACUGCCUUUUGACAGGUUUUCUGAAGUCAAAUCAAAGAUAGCAAGUAAGUACCAUGAUUUAGAGUGCCAGCUAAUUCAAGAGUUUACCAGCGCACAGCGGAGAGGUGAAAUCUCCAGAAUGAGAGAAGUAGCAGCAGUUUUGCUUCAUUUUAAGGGCUAUUCCCAUUGCGUUGAUGUGUACAUAAAACAGUGUCAAGAGGGUGCGUUCCUGAGGAAUGACGUCUUUGAAGAUGCAGCCAUUCUCUGCCAGCGAGUGAAUAAACAAGUUGGAGAAGUCUUUAGCAAUCCGGAGACUGUGCUAGCCAAACUCAUUCAAAAUAUCUUUGAAGUUAAACUUCAGAGUUAUGUGAAGGACCAGCUAGAAGAACACAGGAAAUCUGACGCAGAACAGUAUCUCAAGAAUCUCUAUGAUCUAUAUACAAGAACUACUAAUCUGUCAAGCAAAUUGAUGGAAUUUAACCUGGGUACUGAUAAGCAGACUUUCUUGUCUAAGCUUAUCAAAUCCAUUUUCAUUUCCUACUUGGAGAAUUACAUUGAGGUGGAAAUUGGUUAUUUGAAAAGUAGGAGUGCUAUGAUUCUACAACGCUAUUAUGAUUCCAAAAACCACCAGAAGAGGUCCAUUGGCACUGGAGGGAUCCAGAUCCACAAAAGGACUGAAGCAAAAUUAAGUAUUCAAGACCUCAAAGAGAGAAUAAGGCAACGUACAAACUUACCCUUGGGGCCAAGUAUUGACACACACGGAGAAACUUUUCUGUCACAAGAAGUGGUGGUUAACCUCUUGCAAGAAACUAAACAAGCUUUUGAAAGAUGUCACAGGCUCUCUGAUCCAUCUGACUUACCGAAGAAUGCUUUCAGAAUUUUUUCUAUGCUUGUAGAGUUCUUAUGUACUGAACACAUCGAUUACGCAUUAGAAACAGGCCUUGCUGGCAUUCCCUCUUCUGACUCGAAGAACGCAAAUCUUUAUUUCUUGGAUGUUGUCCACCAGGCCAAUACUAUUUUCCAUUUAUUUGACAAGCAGUUCAAUGAUCAUCUGAUGCCAUUGAUCAGUUCUUCUCCUAAAUUGUCUGAAUGCCUUCAGAAGAAAAAGGAUAUCAUAGAACAAAUGGAAGUGAAGCUGGAUAUGGGCAUUGAUAGGACACUGAAUUGUAUGAUUGGACAGAUGAAGCACAUCUUGGCUGCAGAGCAGAAGAAGACAGAUUUUAAACCAGAAGAUGAAAACAACGUGUUGAUUCAAUAUACUAACGCUUGUGUUAAAGUCUGUGGCUAUGUUAGAAAGCAGGUGGAAAAGAUUAGAAAUUCUAUGGAUGGUAAGAAUGUGGACACAGUUUUGAUGGAGCUUGGAGUUCGUUUUCAUCGACUUAUCUUUGAACACCUACAGCAAUAUUCCUACAGUUGCAUGGGAGGCAUGUUAGCUAUUUGUGAUGUGGCUGAAUAUAGGAAGUGUGCCAAAGACUUCAAGAUUGCGCUGGUGUUACAACUCUUUGAUACCUUGCAUGCACUUUGCAAUCUUCUGGUUGUAGCCCCGGAUAAUUUAAAGCAAGUUUGCUCAGGAGAACAACUUGCUAAUCUGGACAAGAACAUCCUUCACUCCUUUGUUCAGCUGCGUGUUGAUUAUAGGUCUGCUCGUCUUGCUCGUCACUUCAGCUGAGAGCGCGGAGACAAAUGUUACACCUUUGGGCAGGCUUCAGCUGUUAGAAAGCACAGGGAAUGAUUUCUUACCAAACUGUGGUUGUAACUUUGUGGGAUAAUGACUGUUCAGAAUAAAGCAGCAGCCAUAUUUAAACAUGACUAUGUAGAAGGUGAACAGGUAAAAAUCUGAAUGAUAUUUCAUGUAAGCAAAAUUUCUCCUGGUAAAGAAUUUUGCAAAUCUACUUGCUACUGAUUUUUUUUUUUUUUUUUGGUUAUUGGAAACAUGUCGGUGUAGGAAAGCAAGUGGUGCAUUGAAAGUAUUUUAGUCUUCAAUAUUGAAUUAUCAGAUACCAUUUGUUAGACUUGAACUACAGAGCAUAGCGUAGGUAAUGGAUUACAUAGACUAGACCAGUGUAAAAACAUUCUUCAUCAAUUUUAAUGACUUAGACUACAGCACAGCUAAUCAUAAUCAAAUUAUCUUUGAUUGGUGUUUCUAAACCAUUUCUUUCAUUCAAAAUGUUAUCCUGCUCAAUGUAAUUUCUUGCUCUAAUUAAUUAGCUUGGAAUUUCUUUGAGAUGUAGGAGUAAAAGCAACACUAUCCCAGAAAGAUGUAAUUUAUUCAUUGUGUAGCAUUCUAAACAGAACCGAAGUGGUGAAAAGUUUUGAGGGUUUGUUUGGUUGUUUGGUUUUGUUGUUUGGGUUUUUUUGCACCUAAUAGUUGAGGGCCCACCGGAAUGUUUUGGCAUUGUAUGAUCUGACAGUCUUGUCUCUGUUUGACACUGGCACACUGAAUUUUAUAUAUGCUCCUAAAGUAAAUGCAGUUGCCUUGCCUAAGGCGUUCUUAUUACAAGUUGAAGGUACCCAUUGUUGGGUUGAUAUAAGAGAACUUUCUCCUGUCUCUUGUUUUGUGUAUAAAUAAAUUCAGAUUAUUACAAAGAGAAAGGAUAAAAUGUAGCCCAGUUGUUCAUAUGUGAGAG